AUGGUUUGGGUUUUGCAAAGGGUCAAGCCCGGACCACCCCCAUUGGGAGCCAUGGGGCGAUCGCGAUCGCGGAGCUACUUUCCCUCCGCGUUCAUCCACUUGUUCUGCGUUGAGCUGGCUCCGCUGUUCGUGAUGAUUUUUUCCUUCUACGGGACCAUCAAGGAACAGGGCGGCAAGAAUUUCUACGACGCCAUCCGCGGUCAUAAGCUUUCCGAGUUUGCCAAGCUUGACGGUGUGGGCGACUUCGAUGUGAUGGCCUGUGGCAAGGACGCCAUAGAGCGCAUGCUGUGGACUGGCAUUUUGCGCUUUCAGUGCGGGGACCCGGCGCAGGGCACCUACGUCGAGGAGGACGUCUUCCUGUCGCCCUUUGCAGGGGACUGGAGCUUCUGGCCGUUGGCCCGCGCCAUCUGCGUGCUUGACUGGUGGACAUUUUUCACGUGCGCUGCUACGGUCGGCUACGCAAUGUCACGCCUAUGCCGGACGGGCGAGCGUUUUUUUGGCAGUGCUGGAUACUUGGCCUGGACCUGGAACUUGGAGCAAGACAGACGCUUUACCCUGCUGAUUGUCUUAGCUGCCUUUGGCCCCAUUGCCAGCUGUGUCUACGUGCUGUACUUCGCUUUCAUCUACAGCGCCUUCCACGAAACGAAUGAGGCCGGCCAUGGGAUGGGCAGCAUCCAGACCAUCGUUCAGAUGAUCCUGGUGGCUUAUCCGGCUAAGAUGAUGCUGAUCCCUGAGACGCCGAUCCACCACUGGAAAACUGAGCGUUUUGCGGGGAUCGACUUCAAGCGCCCAUGGUACAGCAUGUUCUACCAGAGCAACGACGUCUUUGGGGUUUAUCUGGUCGAUGCCCUCUGGCGGGCGCAGCAUGGUCACUGUGAGAAGCUGGAGAUGCUCAUGUUCAACAGCGACGAGAUGCACGCGUUCAUGCAAACCGCAGCCCGUUUGCAAGAUGAAUCAGAUGAAGAGGACCCUGCGUUUCUGAGCAUGAUCAAAGGUUUGUCACCGACCAUGGGUGGCACUACUGCAAGCAGCGCCACCAGCAGCGGGGAAGAGUAG